AUGGCGGACAAAGAGGAUAAAGACAAGCGCGCCAAAUACCGAGGCGAGAUACAGCAGAUGAUGUUCGUCAGUGGUGAGACUAGCGACGCUUCUGUAGAGACCACUAGUAUGAUUGAGAGCAUCGUACAGCAACAGGUUAUGGAGAUGCUCAAGCGAGGCACGGAAUUAGCAGCCAGAAGAGGAGUAAAGACCAUCAGCACUGAUGAUCUAAUUUUUCUGAUUCGCAAUGACAAAGCCAAAGUGUCCCGUCUUCGAAACUUCCUUUCCUGGAAAGACGUCAGGAAAAGUGCAAAGGACAGCGACGACAAGGGUGCUGGAGGUGGCGAUGCGGGCGGUGUUGAUGAUUUUGAUCUUGCAGCGAACGAUGCGACUCUUGGAGCCGGACCGAGCGUUGGUACACGCAACAAUAAGAACAAGAGAGCCAAGGUCGGGCUUCCCUGGGAUGUCUCGAGUUUUUACAGCGAACAGGUUCCGGAACGUGAAGACGAGGAAGACGAAGAAGAAGAGGAGAUGAACGCUGCAACUCUUCAGCGCCUCAAACAAGCUGACGAGCGUACCAAAGGCAUGGAUGCGAGUGAGUAUCUUCAAUUCGCAGAAUGCCGGCAGGCUUCCUUCACAUUCCGUAAAGGCAAACGUUUCAGAGAAUGGGCUGGCUUCGGCAUUGUCACAGACUCGAAGCCGAACGAUGACAUUGUCGAUAUUCUUGGAUUUUUGACCUACGAGAUUGUGACGUUGCUUACCGAAGAGGCGCUUAAGGUCAAGGCAGCCGAAGAUGCUCUCAAGCGGGAGAGCGGUGGCGAUGAGGAAAAGCGUGGACGGAAGCGAAGAAGGGAGCCAGGUCUCUUUGACCCGCCGGACGAGGCGAGGACACCCGUUGGACCUAAGCAUGUCCAAGAAGCAUUCCGUCGUUUACAACGUCCUGACAUUAAGAGUCGGUACAUGCAGCAUGUCCCACGAGGCAAUUUUCAACGGCCGCUCAAGCUGAUAUGA